AGUAGAAUAAUUAGAGCAAGGACAAUAUCGUCUUAACGUGAAAGAGACAAAACUUCUGGUUCAUGUAAAUCUAAUCGAAGAAAGCAUUGGAAUUAUUAGCUGCAAAAGAGAGUAUUAUAAAUAUUAGUGGUAGCAAAGACAUAUGGGAGCAGUUAAGAAGAUCUGGAACGCCAUGGAAGUAGCAGAUGGAGCUCCCAACACCAAAUUUGCAUCUUCGCCCCUCACCGUCGAUCAUACUCUCUCUAUUCCCCACAUGAAACCUCAAAUCGUAGAACUGUGCAAGGACUUGUUUAACCGAUGGUCAUGUCUGGAUGAUUCUCACUUCUCUGUUGAGACGGUGUCUGGUGGCAUCACAAAUUUAUUGCUAAAAGUAUCUGUAAGAGAAGAUGAUGGAAAGAAUGAAAGUAUGACAGUUAGGUUAUAUGGUCCUAAUACUGAAUGUGUCAUUAACCGUGAACGAGAACUGCAGGCAAUUCAAUACCUCUCAGCGGCUGGGUUUGGUGCCAAGUUGCUUGGAGUAUUUGGGAAUGGCAUUGUUCAGUCAUUUAUUGAUGCACGCACUUUAACACCCUCAGACUUGAGAAACCCCAAGCUUGCUGCUGAAAUUGCAAAGCAACUUCGAAAGUUCCAUCAGGUGGAAAUUCCGGGCUCGAAAGAACCUCAAGUAUGGAAUGAUGUGCUCAAGUUCUUCACGAAAGGUGCAUCCUUCACUGAACAUUCUCCAGUGAUAUUAUAUUACCGAGAAAUCAUUCAUCCCAGAUUGGAUAAUAUGUAUGGACCCUCUAGUCUCACAGACUGGAAAGCUUGUACUGAAUUAACUGCUACCACGAAAGAUCCUCUCAUGCGUGAGUGCUUUUCCAUUUUUAUAGCAUCAACUCUCCAAUUUGAUGAUGGUGAGAAGAAGAUAAAGUAUGAGACAAUUUUGUUCCAGGAAGUUCAUAAUGAAAUCAUAGAACUCAAGGAAUUGACGGACCGUCUUAAUGCCCCGGUGGUGUUUGCGCACAAUGACUUACUCUCUGGUAAUCUGAUGCUUAAUGAGGAUAAAGGAAAGCUGUAUUUCAUUGAUUUUGAGUAUGGAUCUUACAAUUAUAGGGGUUUUGACAUAGGGAAUCACUUCAAUGAAUAUGCUGGCUAUGAUUGUGAUUACACCUUAUAUCCAAGUAAGGAUGAGCAGUUUCAUUUCUUCAGGCACUAUUUGGAUUCUGACCGACCGAAUGAGAUAUCUGAUAAGGACCUUGAUGCCCUAUAUGUCGAGACCAGUAGUUACAUGCUAGCUUCACAUCUAUACUGGGCUCUCUGGGCUUUGAUCCAGGCGAAAAUGUCACCCAUCGAUUUUGAUUAUAUCAGUUAUUUUUUCCGGCGCUAUAACGAGUACAAGAAGCAGAAGGAGAAAUGCUUUGCUUUAGCUAAGUCAUAUCUCUCAAAACCCGAGCUGGGUGAAAGAUCCACUUAACACAGUUUUAGAAACUCUUAAAAGCUGUCGAUUGACACGGACAUUUAGAUUUCAUUUGCUGCAAGAUGGAAAUUGUUGUUGUAGCCAUCAGGUAGAACAGUGCAAAAUAAUUCUUUUUCCUUUGUUUUUCUGCCAAAAGUAUGUAAAAGUGUUGUUUGUAAUAUUCAUAAUUCAUUUUUUGAACAUAACUGGAUACCAUGAGGAAUAAAUGAAAUACACCUCAUCCUCCGCAAUUUCAAUGCCAAAAAAGAAGGGUAACUUUCUCCA